CGCAGAGCCCCGUGCUCUGUCCAUGUCACCGCCAUGGGAUGGAGCUGCUCCUUCCUCCUGUUCCUCUUCCUCMUGUUCCCAUGGCCCAGAGCCAGCGUGGCGCUGCUGCGGUACCGCCAGGACUGCGGAGAGCUGGGAAUGCAGCUCCUGGUCUUCCCUCCCCACGGCCACACCGUCCGCUUCAAGGUCCUGGAUGAGUUCGGCUCCCGCUUCGAUGUGGCCAACUGCUCCAUCUGCCUCCACUGGCUGAACCCCCGAGAGGAUGGCUCUGUCGUCUUCUCCUCUGGCUACAAGGGCUGCCACGUCCUGUUCAAGGAGAACCGCUACAUCCUGCGGGUGCAGCUGGAAGAGCUGCUGUCCACCGGGUUCCCGGUAACCUCCUACGAUGUCAACAUGACCUGCCCCAAGCCUGGCAGCCCUCAGACGCUCCCAGAUGGAAACCAGGAGCAGAGCCAGGACAACGGAGUCCUGAUCUCCCAGACUGGCCUCCUGCACCAAGUCUCCGAGUCCUCCCUCACCCUCACAGGAUCGCAGUUCUCAUCCCAGGACCGCUUGGAGCAGCUUUACUCUGUGCCACGGGACACAACCCGCUUGGUGCAUCCGGAGUUCUGGCACCAUUCCAAUCCAGCUGGCACGGGGCUCUCUCAUCCUGUCACCCAAAUCCAGGGAACCUUCACCCGCCCGGGAGUGCAGUCCCCCCAGCACGGGGAGCAGAACCAGCCAGGGRUGCUUCGCCCAGUGCUUGUAUCCCAAAACCAUCCCAGUUUGAUGCAUUCUGGGGGUCAAACCCAGCCGGGGCAACUUCAUCCAGGGUCUGUAUCCCAAAAUCAGCCUGGGAUGGUGUAUCCUGGGAGUCAAAACCAACCAGGGAGUCGCCCAGGGUCUGUAUCCCAAAAUCAGCCYGGGAUGAUGMAUCUYGGGGGWCAGAAUCAACCAGGAACUCGCCCAGGGUCUGUAUCCCAAAAUCAGCCUGGGAUGGCGCAUCUCGGGGUUCAAAACCAACCAGGGAUUUAUCCAGGAUCUGUAUCCCAAAAUCAGGCUGGGAUGGCACAUCUUGGGGGUCAGAAUCAACCAGGGAGUCGCCCGGGGUCUGUAUCCCAAAAUCAGCCCGGGAUGAUGAAUCUCGGGGGGCAGAAUCAACCAGGGAUUCGCCCAGGGACUGUGUCCCAAAAUCAGCCUGGGAUGGCGCAUCUCGGGGUUCAAAACCAACCAGGGAUUCGCCCAGGAUCUGUAUCCCAAAAUCAGCCUGGGAUGGCGCAUCUUGGGGGUCAAAACCAACCAGGGAUUCGUCCAGGAUCUGUAUCCCAAAAUCAGCCUGGGAUGGCGCAUCUCGGGGGUCAAAACCAACCAGGGAUUCGCCCGGGGUCUGUAUCCCAAACCCAUCCUGAAAGUCAAAACCAACCAGGGCAAAUUCGUCCAGCAUUUAUAUCCCCAAACCAUCCUGGGAAUCAAAACCAACCAGGGCUUCGCCCCGGGCUUGUGUCACACCAGCCUGUCCUGACCUCCGCUGGCGCUCAGACUCCAGCGGGAUUCCUGCGUCCGGCAGCUCAGCCCCCAAACCAUGGGGGAAUAUCUCAUCCCAGCCAAUACUCCAACUCCCARACCAGCCUCCAGGGCCACACUGGGCUGCUCCAUCCCGGCCAUCCCAGCCCAGCUCUGGUGCACCCAGGACUCUCAUCCUGGCCGGGUUUGAUCAGCUCUGGGCUCCAGGUUCAGCCCCAGCCWGGCCAGGGACGCCCAGGGCUGCAGGCUCAGCCUGGAUUGCUGCAUCCYGGGAUUCACACCCAGCCCAGCCUGCUGCAUUCCACAGCGGUCUUCUACCCCUCGGCUGGGGCAGGCAUGCCGCUGACGCGGGAGCAGUGCCAGGUGCCGGUGGGGCGGAUGCCGUGCGUGGCUCCGCAGGGACGGGAUGGAUGYGUGCAGGCAGGAUGCUGCUACGAUGACAUGGACCGUGCCACACCCUGCUACUACGGGAAUACCGCCACCGUGCAGUGCCUGCUGGAGGGAUAUUUUGUCCUGGUGGUCCCACGGGGAAUGGUGGCCCCGCAGUACAACCUGGACAGUGUGCGGCUGGCCAGCAGCCAGGCGGGAUGUGAGCCCCUGCACGUGUCCGAGGCCUUCGUCAUGUUCCGCUUCCCGGUCACCCACUGCGGCACCACGGUCCAGGUGGUCGAGGACAAGCUGAUCUAUGAGAACCAGUUGAUCACCACCAUCGACGUCCAGGGAUCCCCCCGCGGCUCCAUCACCCGGGACAGCGUCUACAUUCUCCACGCUCGGUGCAUCUACAAUGCCAGUGACCUGCUUCCCUUGGGAGUGGAGGUGGCCAUGCCCCCCACAGCUGCCCCGCUGGCCAUGCCAGGGCCACUGGGGCUGCAGCUGCGGAUCGCCACUGAUGAAUCCUACAGCUCCUACCACCCUGUGGGUGACUUCCCCCUGGUGAGGGUGCUCCGAGACCCCAUUUAUGUGGAAGUUCGGCUGCUCCAGAAGACGGAUCCCAAUUUGGUGCUGGUGCUGCACCACUGCUGGGCCUCCCCUGGCUCCCACGCCACAUCCCAGCCCCAGUGGCCCAUCCUGGUGGAUGGGUGUCCCUUCCAAGGGGACAACUACAGGACGCGGCUGAUUCCGGUGGGCCCGGCYUCUCUGGAGAUGCCCUUCCCAAGCCACUACCAGCGCUUUGUCAUCUACACCUUUGCCUUUGUGGAGCCCCCUGGCAUGGCUGUGCUGGAGGGGGAGGUGUACAUCUCCUGCAGCGCUUCCGUGUGCCACCUGGCCCAGCCAGAGCCCUGUCGUCCCUCCUGCCAGCURGGAGUGCCCUCACGAGCACGGAGGUCUCCAGGGCACAGGAGGACAGGUGACAGCAUGGGGACAGUCACAUCGCACGGACGUGUUGUCUUUCCCAAGGUUCCCAAGAGAGGAAGAGCUCAGCGGACAGGCUGA